CGCUGUCAAAAACACUGCAUUGCUAUAUUGCUAUUUCCGAUUUAUUAGAAAAUCAACAUAAAUAUAAUUAUUACGUCGUACAAGUUAAAAUGAAGAAACAUCAAACGCGGCAGAAGACGUUGAACGAUCCAGUGAUAGUAUCUCGUGUUAAAAACUACUUGGCUGAGAAUGUGGACAAAACGUUCGUCGAUGUGAGCCAAAUGGCGCGUUCUCUCAAAGAGCGCUAUCGCGAAUAUAAUAAUCGGAGUGAUACUGCAUUCUGCCAGAUGGUCGAGGGCGCCUAUAAAGUCGUACUACAGAGCUACGGCCUCGACGGGGCCUCUACUUCUGAUGGUUCAGAGGAAGAAUCCGAUUUGGAGUUACUAGAUGAAAACAACACCGCCCUAAACGACCGAUUGCUCGCUAUGUACAAAUUACAAGACAAGAAACGGCCUGCUGCGUCUCGCCGAGCCACUGACAAGUCGGGGGAGCCGAUAGACAUCCUUAGCAGUGAUGAAGAUGGUUCUGCCGCACCCAAAUUACCGAAAAUCAAUGAUCAGAUUACUAUAACCCCACAUAUACCGACGCGGAAUACAAGCAGCACACCAAUGGAGAAUCCUAAAAUGCAGCUAGGAGUACACAUAGCUGACAAAAGACGAAAGCUGGAGAGUAAUAAACAUGCAAGUACAAAGAAAAAAUAUGAUACUCCACCAAAAAAUGUAAAGGUUAGUUUUGAAGACAUCGGUGGCAUAUCAGAAAUUAUAACCCAAAUAUGUGAUCUGAUACUGCAUAUGAAACAUCCUGAAGUGUACAGUCAGUUAGGUAUUAAGGCACCUCGAGGUGCACUGCUGCACGGCCCGCCCGGCACAGGUAAAACACUGUUGGCACAUGCUAUUGCGGGUAAGCUGCAGUUACCACUUAUUGCUGUUUCGGGCACAGAGUUAGUUGGUGGUAUGUCUGGAGAGUCAGAGGAAAGGAUCAGAGAACUAUUUGAAAGAGCAGUGUCAGUUGCACCGUGUGUUUUAUUCAUAGAUGAAAUAGAUGCAGUCUGUGGCAACAGAGUGCAUGCUCAGAAAGACAUGGAGAAACGGAUGGUCGCCCAGCUAUUGGCUAGUUUAGAUGGUUUAAAUGACAGUAGUGCUUCAGUCCUUAUUCUCGCAGCAACAAAUAAUCCAGAUGCCUUAGAUCCUGCUUUAAGACGAGCAGGACGCCUUGAACAAGAACUCACCUUAGGUAUUCCGUCAUUAAAAUCUAGAAAAGAAAUCCUCUCAAUCUUAUGUAAAAAUAUAUCUCUAAGUGAAGAUGUUGACCUGAAUGCUGUUGCUCAAAUAACACCAGGUUUUGUUGGUGCAGAUUUACAAGCUCUUGUUAAUAAGGCAAGCACUUAUGCCGUUAAAAGAAUUUUUGCUGAAAUGCGUGCGGAAUCUUUAAAACAAGAAAAUUCUGGAAAAUUGAAAAAUGAUGCACCUCCUGCUGUAACUAAUGGAGAAAAAGUACCUGAAGAAACAGCUCCUGAGAGUGACACCUCUGAUCAACAACCAGAGGGAUCAGUUCCGCAACCAGAACAAAACAGAGAAUCUCCAGCCCAAGAGGCACCUAUUGAAAAUUCUGUUGUUGUGGACACUAAUCAUAUAGAAAUAAAAAAUAAUGUAAAAACUGUUGUAUUAGAUCCUGUAGAUGAAGUACUUGGCCUUUUGGAAGACACCAUGCCAUACACUCAAGAAGAAUUGAAGGGACUCGCAAUCAGACAAGAAGACUUCCUAAAAGCUCUCAAAACAAUUAAACCAUGUGCUGUGAAAGAAGGUAUUGUAACUGUACCCGAUGUUACAUGGGACGAUGUAGGAUCAUUAAAUCAAGUUCGCAAAGAUUUACAAUUAGCUGUGUUAGCACCUGUAAAGUAUCCAGAGCAACUUAAAAAACUUGGUUUGUCCGCAUCAAGUGGGGUUUUACUUUGUGGCCCACCAGGUUGUGGUAAAACAUUGCUAGCAAAAGCAGUCGCAAACGAAGCAGGUGUGAAUUUCAUUUCAGUUAAAGGCCCGGAAUUGCUCAAUAUGUAUGUUGGUGAAAGUGAAAGAGCCGUGCGAACAUGUUUCAGACGCGCGCGUAAUUCGGCCCCAUGCGUUAUAUUCUUUGAUGAGUUUGAUGCUCUGUGUCCUAGGCGAACCUCACAAGAUCACAAUGGAGCAGCCAGAGUUGUCAAUCAAUUGCUCACUGAAAUGGACGGCAUUGAAAGUCGGGAAGGGGUAUUCGUGUUGGCUGCAUCCAAUAGGCCAGAUAUUAUAGAUCCAGCUGUACUGAGACCUGGCCGUUUAGACCGUGUUAUGUAUGUUGGAAUGCCAGAGAGGGAAGACAGAUUUGAUAUACUUAAAAAACUUACAAAAAAUGGCACACAGCCUCAACUGGGGCCAGAAGUUGAUCUGCAAGUUAUUGCAGAGCUGACUGCGGGCUAUACAGGAGCUGACCUGGCGGGUUUGGUGAAGUCCGCAGCCACUAAUUCAUUAACGAUUCACAUUUCAAACGGAACCAUAAAUGAAGAUAUUUUUGUUUCAUUUGAAGAUUUUAGAACGGCUCUGACUAAGUGCAAACCUUCAGUUUCAUCAAAAGAACAAUUGCAUUAUGAAAAACUGAGAUUAAAGUACGCGUCCGGGGCGGACGACAAAGACAUGGAAAUGGAGACCGAGCCUACAAACGAGGAAUCCAUGGACACUGUUUGAGAAUCAUUUGAGCUUUGGUUUCUAUGUUAGUAUUUGUUUCUGUAAUAUCAUGUCCCUUAAUAUUGUAAGUGUGUGUAUUCUAUAGUGCCAAGUUGUACUCUCAAACAGACGAUCAGAGAAAUUGCUAGAUUAAUAGAUAUUAUUUUUUAGCUGGUCCUUGAGUACUGUGAACUGUUCCGGUCACAGUCCAGUACUAUGAGGUAUUAAAUUAAACUGUACUCUGAUAUCCCAGGAACAUAAUGUGACAUGCAAUGUAGGAACAAUUAUAAUGGGAUAACAUAUGUAUGCUCCUAAGGCCAUUUAUAAUUACUGCACAUUUUUUGCACAUUGAAUUUGAAUGAGAAAUAAAAAUAUUUUACUUAUUGUGUUGUUUUCUCUGUAGCCUGUUGCAGCCGGCACCUACUAUUACUAUUUUUGUAUUAU